CAGUCCCUUUAACACACACGCUUUAGAGGCUAAUAUGGGUGUUUGUUGACCUACUGCUUAUUAAAUUAAGUUUAAAAAGAUCCAUAAGAACCCGUUGAAGAUUUCACGUUAAAAUAUCUGGUGUGUAAUCAUGAGCAGUUUCAAAUUUAUGCUGACGCUGUGCAAUUACAGCCGCAGGAUCAUUCGGAAUAAUGCUCAAACACUCACUCCCACAAGGAAUCUUUUCCACAGGUCACGACAGGAUCUCCUUAAACAUGAGCAUGUUAAAUUUGCAGUCAAGCGUCAACAGUUCAAAUCCACUGUUGUCCAGGAAGAAAAGAGUGAGGAUUCCAUACUGAAAUGGUUUCUGCUGUUGAUCCCUAUCACCACAUUUGGCCUUGGAACAUGGCAGGUAAAGCGGAGGCAGUGGAAGCUGAAGCUGAUCAAAGACCUUCAUAUAUUGACGACAGCAGAUCCAAUCCCGCUGCCCACAGAUCCUGGAGAGUUGAAGGAUCUGGAGUACCGGCGUGUGAAGGUCCGUGGCCGGUUUGAUCACUCUCGGGAGUUGUACAUCCUGCCACGUUCGCUAGUGGAUCCUGAGAGAGAAGCUCGAGAGGCAGGCAGACUGUCAUCCAGUGCAGAAAGUGGAGCUAACGUUAUCACGCCAUUCCACUGUACUGAUCUAGGGAUUACCAUCUUGGUGAACCGAGGUUAUGUACCCAAAAAUAAAAUUAGACCAGAAACAAGGAUAAAGGGGCAGGUGGCAGAUGAAGUGGACCUGGUGGGUGUGGUGCGUUUGACAGAGCAGCGCAAACCGUUUGUCCCUCAGAACAACGUUGAGGCGAAUCGGUGGCACUAUCGUGAUUUGGAGGCCAUGGCGAAAGCAACUGAUGCCGAGGAGAUCUUCAUCGAUGCCGUGUUGGAGAGUACAAUACCAGGAGGACCGGUAGGAGGCCAGACAAGAGUAACACUGCGCAACGAACACAUGCAGUACAUCAUUACAUGGUAUGGACUAUGUGCUGUUACUUCCUACAUGUGGUAUGCAAAAUUCAUCAAACGCCUUAGCUUAUAACUAACUAACCAAUCUUGGUAAACCAUGGUGUAAAGACAUCGAAAUGUAUUUUUUGUAUUGUUGGUGAAGUAUCUGAAUGAACCAAAAGUUAAAGCACCUGACUGUAACCAUCCUUUUUUUGUUUGUUUAUUCUGUACAACACAGUUCCAACACCUUUUGGAGUUCACAGUUGUGUAUUCAGAGUACUUCUGAAAUAGUAGUUCUUAGUACUGCAAUAACCCUGCCCUGCUCGUCAUCCAUUUCUCCUGCUCUAACACACCAAAUUCAAAAUGUCUUCAUCUUACAAUCCCUGGCACAAAUUAUAGAAUCACCACACGUAGAGGAUGUUCACCCUGCUUUUUAACUUCGUAGCAAAUAAACAAAUCACAGAAGAGACAAAAAAUGUUCAAUAGCUGAACGUUCUGGCUUUGUGAAACCUACCUCAAACAAAUUAAAUGAAAUGGUUUUAAUUAAUGGCAUAUUUUUUUUCAGAUCAAGUAGAGAAACAAUUUUGGAAUCACUCAAUCGUAAGGAAAAAGAUUAUGUUAUCAUCAAAAAAAUCACAAUUGGUACUUCGUUGCUCCUCCUCGGGCUUUUAUGACGGUUUGAAUUCUUUGAGGCAUGGACUUCACUAAUCAAAAACAAUAUUCCCCAUCAAGCUUGUUGGAGAAAGUUGGAACUUUCUCGAGUAGUGACAAAUGACAAAAUGCCAUAAAUGCAUGUUUAUUGAUAAAAAUCCAGUCAAUAACUGAGCUUUACAGAUCUUAAAUUCUAUCCUCAGGGUUGUUCCCAAGUGGGUUUCUUUGUCAGAUAGACAGAAUAUUUAUCUAACAAAGACAAUACUAUGCAGGGCAGCAGUACUCUAUGACCAGGGUUAGAAACACUGUUCAAGAACACUUCUUUGUGGUACCAAGUAAAUGUGAGGUUUUGUUGAGAUUCUUCACCUUUUCUUUGUGUUAAAAAAAACAACCAAAAACCUGUUGUCCAUGUUUUGUGGCCAAAGGCUGUUCAUGUUACAGAAGUGAUUCCACAAGUAUGAAUUCUACUCUUCUCAUGUUAAUAUGUAUAUCAGGGAAAUUAAAUUUAAGGCAGAAUGUCCUAAUGCAGGAGUUAAGGACUAUGGUAAAUUAUAAUUUAAAUAUAAAUGAAACAAAGGCACAAUUGAUCUGUGGCAUUAUGGAUACUAACCAUCUUUGAGACUGUACUAGAGGUGUAAACCUCAGGCUUCAACACAAUACAAUUUCAGUUCAUAAGGCAAUGAUUCAAUGUUUGAUACCACUGAAUCUGCAACAAUAGAUUAACAUACUUUGUUCAGAAUCUGGGGUACGUCCACUAUUAAUCUGAAAGUUAAGAGAAUGAUCAUUUUAUAAGUGAGUUACAGGCAAAUCACUUUACUAGCCAAUUAAAUUUUGCACAUCCGCCCCUUUUUUUUUUUUAAAGUUACUUUAUAAACACACCAGUGGUUUAUCCUUUUUAUGAUUUAUAGUCAGGCUAAGCUAUGAUUGGUGCCUUGAUUAAUUUCAUUCAUUGCCUUUUAAACAUUGAUCGAAAUUGUCCAGCUGUUACACCCACUAAUAGAGUGCAUCUACUUUGCUUUUGCCAGAUGACAGUUUUAGGUCACUAAAUAAAGAGCCAUAACAUUUGUUUUCUUUGGGGUUUUUUUGUUUAUUGUUUUACUAAUAAACACACAUGUGCUAGGAGUUUAGCCAAGUUUGGUAGCCAGCUCCUUGGCCUUUGCCUUUUCAAGUUUGGCAAUACGAGCAGUCGACUUGGGGCCCAUGAUGUUACCUCCCCA